CUGCCUAGGGGUCUUCAUAUUUCAUUUCCGCAUGUUGUCGGAACAGUUAGCAUUCUGUUAGUAUUUUCGUCGAAUUAUGAAUAUAUAUGAAUUAUAACGGUGCACCAUGAUCAUCGGAUGCUGUUUCAUCUGUGUGUUUGCGGUGCUGAUAAAUAAAGUGUCUCUACAGGAAACAGUAGAGGCUGUUAUUAGCGGUUCUGUUGUCCUGCGGUGUUCAUCCACUGAACAUGAUCAUAAACUUCAAGACAUUGAUGUGAAUUGGAGACACAACGGCAGCAAGAAUGUGUAUGAUAUAAUCAAGGGUCAAGAUUCAGUAGUGUUACAGGACCAACAGUACAAGAAGAGAACUAAAACUUUCCCUGAUGAGUAUCUGAGAGGAAACUUCUCCAUCAAACUCCACAAUCUCACUCACACUGAUGCAGGAAAAUACAUCUGUUACAUCACACACUCAGAUGAACAGAGGACUGUACAGCUGAUCAUCAAGGAAUCAACAGCAAAAGGAAACAAAUCGCAUGACCAAACAGGCCAAGGAGAAGAAACAGAAGCAAACAAUGUGGGGGCAUCAUCGGCCUGGGUUUACAUUGUAGCAGCUGUAGUAGUAGUAGUAGGAGUAGUAGCAGUCGCAGUGAUUAUACACCGUUUCUUAAUUCAGAGAAAAAAAAAUCAAGCUUCAGCUUCUGACCUGACUGAAGGAGAAACAACACAAAUAACAUGUCAGGUCUAAAAGUUUCAUUCAAUUAAUGCCGUUUCACAUUCUCACUUUUGUGACUUGUGACUUGCUGAAACAGGAGCAUUUCUUGAAGUUAAAGGUCCAAUGAGUUGUCAAUAGACCAUUUGGGAGCAGAUGUUACAGUUAAUCACUUCAGCUGUGCGUGCAUUGUGGUGGCAGAAAAACAGUGGUAACAAGUGGAGGAAAAUGAGCAAAAUCCGUGGAAUAAGAAAAAAAAUGUCCUUUGGAUGUCAGAAAUGGAAUGCAAGAUAUAAAAAGAUGGUCUUGAUAGAAUAGCGUUGUCAGAGACGCACUUUGAAGCCAAACAGACUUUUAUGGUUGCAAGCUAUAAAACUGUACUAUUAACGCAUGAAUUUGAUGUAAACAAUAGAUCUACAUAAUAUUCACAUUGGGGGCAUGAUGUAUUAGUCUUACAGUUACAGCAUGAAAUAUUUAUAAUUAUAACUCACAAUUGUGAGUUUAUAUAAAUUUUCAGAAUUGCGGGAUAUAAGCUCACAAUUCUAUUGGGAAAAAAAAGGAUAUAGAGAAUAUAGAGUUAAUAUCUUGCAAUUCUAUUUUUCUUCUCAGAAUUGUAAGAUAUAAAAGUCAUAAUUGUGAGAUAUAAACUUAACUGUAUCUUUUUUUUAUUCUUUUAUUCCAUGGCUUCCAUUGACUGCUACUGCAGAACUUUAUUUUCUGCCACCAGGUAGGCUCUGCCCACAAAAAUAUCAUCGCUGUUUGCAAACACCCAAUGGCCUCUGUUACUGCCUUAACUAUUCUGUACCACAAGUGCUCUUUCUUCAUGUUGUGUUUGACAAUAUUAAAUUUUUUUUUUUGUAUUCUUUGUUAUGUUGUGUUAAAUUAAAACUGCAAAUCAUGUACCAAAUCUAAAUCAUUAUUUCCUGAUCAAUCAAAAUAAUGAUUAUGUUUCUGUUUGCCAGAUUUCUAGGAGUGAACGCAUUGUCUUUUUAAGUCUUUCAUUUUGCAAAAUUUUUAUGGCAGUAUUAUCUUCUCCUACACUGACUCAAGGCUUUAUCAUGUUGCUCCCAAACCUAACAUGUUUUAACAAUUACAAGCCUUAGUUUUUAGUGUCUUAACGUACAAGUUCCUGUAAUAGAUUCCAGUCUGUUUCCCAGUCUGCUUCUCUUUAUGUUGCUGUUCAGUCUUCCACAGCUGUUGGCCAUUGCUUAUUUAUUUCAUUUAUUUAUUUAUGGAAAAUUUAGAAAUAUUAUCUGUAAUCUGUAGUAAUAAAAUCUGUAGUUAAAACC